AUGUCAGACCAGAGUGCCCGAAUCCUCUUUCAUCGCCGUGUGCAUGAGUACGGUGACCUUGUCUACAACAAUAUGGUACCCCAAGGUCGGGCUAUCAUGGGCAGCGGUCAGUUCAACAUAGAAUCGCUCAGAGAUCUACGCCCAGUUUCAACCAACUGGCCAAUGCAAGCCGGAAUUUAUCUGAUCAUCUACGAGGACUUUGAUGGCGUUACAUUUCAAGGCCGAAUGAGUCAACAUCAGCAACAUGCUCAGACCAAAAAUUCGGCUCACUACCGUCUGGCCAGGAAGGCCCGUACAAUGAUAAUGGUGCCGAUCAUCCUCAGACCCGGCGGUGAUGUUCCCGAUAGCUUUUUGGACAUUGCGGAAUUCUCUAUGGUGUGUUUGUUUCGAACCUGGUUCUCAGCUUUAUUCCGGCCUUCUGAUACCAGUGCUGUUGGAGCAUACGCUACAGACUUCGACGCUUGCGUGACGUUCUCGAGUCUAAUGCGCGACGUUUCCCUUCGAACUGGAUGGACUCCAGGCCGCACCUAUGGUCUCAACUGGCAUACCCCUGUUCUAUCUACUCCCCGACCUGAUGUCCAGUGGACAUCUUGGUACUUGGAAGGAAAGGAUACUUACGUAUACCGAACAAGACGACGUAUAUCUAUCAAUUCCCAGGAUGCCGAAAUCUACUGGCAGGCAGUAAGGAAGAUUAAGAUCCCUGUAGCGUUGGCAAGGGAAGCGGGCUUCCAACAUUACCAGCCUAUCCACCUCGUUGUCGAGAUCAAGAAGAGAAACAACGAGUAUCUGACACAUCCCUUCCGGUUUGUGCGCUACCCUCCUCGGAUCGGCCUGAAUCCAGAGCUGGAGAAGCUCAGAUCCAUGGCGGUUCGAAUAGAGUGGGUAGACGAACACGGCAACUGGAAGACAUACUAUCUGGAACGACAACGCACAUGGACCACAAUUCCCAACACGAACGUACCUGAAAUCUAUCGCCAAGCACUCUUUAUGAUGUGUAACGUUGAGCAGACGGUCUUCGCCAAUCCUCCAGCCUGGACCUGGCCAACUGCUCCGGCCCGUAUUAACUUCUUACGAACAAACCACAUGCAACAGAAGGUAGUACUGGAAGUCCGGCCGAUCCGUCAUAAGCAGUGGCCCCCAGACAACACAAUUGCCGGAAACACGCAGAGGUUGCAACAGCUUUUCCCUCCUGGCCCUAACUCUAACACCAUGAUCGGGGAAAGGCCUGGGAAGGCCUUCUUGGGCAACACCCGAACCACCUGCGACUUGUGUUUCUCACAGUCAACUACCACGAAAUGUCAGUACAACCCGGCAACCCGUACCUGUCAAACCUGUCGAUGCCUCAACCGACCCUGCACAUUUUCGCGCAGUGGAAAUCUGAUUCAGGAGUUCGUCUAUGGGGGGCGUCUGGAAGAGCUCGGUGUUGCCCCUCAUAUGGCACGAAGCGGCUCAAUGGCGAGUGACAUGGAAGAGGCUCCUUUCGACCCUAAUAUUGAGGAGGAAGAGCAUGCCAACUUGGCUGAUAACUAA